AUGUUGGCAAAAAGGCUUAGCGAAGGUAGACGAGCGAUCUUCUCAAAUCACUCGUUAUUUAAAAUUCCUUCUUUCUCUUCUAGAACCGUCUUGAUGUUGAAUUUUAAUUAUCAAAAUAAUAACAUUAAUAUUUAUGAUCAUACACGGGAAACUAAAAACACCAGUGCUAAUUAUUGUACCAGUUAUAAAACUUUCGGAAUUGUACAAGGAGUAACUGUUGAAAGCAAAUCACCCAUUAUUCGAGAUGAAAUCUCUGAAAUUGAAAAGAAUCAAAUUUUACGGUUAUGGGAAUCUGCAAGGAGUAAAGCCUCUUCCUGUCUUCCGAAAGGAAGUAGUAAGAUGGCAAAAGAGUUGGACAAGUAUAUUCAUCAAUAUAUUUCUCAUAACGUUCGUAAAGAACAAGCUCCAUCCGACUCUCCAAAUUUUACAUUAUUGAACUCUCUAACAAAAUUAAAUCAAUUUGUCCAAGCAGAAGACCCAAAGGCUCUUGGAAUAUACAUGGAACUUAUCACCAUUUCAUGCCUCUUUGGAUAUUUACCUCUAGCUCUUCAUCUCACAAAUGCUAUCCACAAGGACUUUAAAUUAACUUUAGAUUAUUCAACUUACAAGACCAUUGUGAAGUGUUUUAUUGACAAUGGAAAAUUUGACGAAUGUUUUAACUUUAUUGUUGAAUUGGAAGAAAAGAAUGGAGUCAAACCAAAUUAUCAAUUAUAUUUACCCCUUUAUCUCAAGAUGAAAGAAAUUCUUACAAAGAAUGAAGACAAGCCAGAACAUCAAGCAGUACCAAGUUCCAUACUCAACCAAAUGAUUCCUCGAUUGUCGAAAACUCCAGAUCUAGUUCAAGAAAUUGUUUCACGCGAUAUUUACUCUGCUGGACUACUCGGAGGACGUAGUAAGGAUGUAGAAAACAUUGUUCUGGCUCCCCCACUUACAGGCUAUGAAGAUUAUCCAACACUCGAAACAGCUGAUUACUCUGAAGAGAAUCAUAUUGGUGAAGAAUGUGGUGAUGAAUCAUGUGGUCAUGAUCAUGGUGAUGAAAGAUACUAUUGGAAGCCACAUGCCUUUAGGAGUGAAUGGGAACACUUGCAUUAA